AUGGAUGGAGGAAAGCCCAAACUUGGGGGUCUGAUGGAUCCUCGCCAGGGAUGUGUUGACCGUGCCUCAAUCUGCCAAACAUGCAGUGGUAACACAGCUUCAUGUCCUGGCCACUUUGCUCAUGUUGAGCUCGCGAAGCCUGUGUUUCAUAUCGGCUUCUUAAAGAAAACGCUAAAAAUUCUCCGUUGUGUUUGUUUUUACUGUUCCAAACUCCUCGUGGACACUCAAAUUCCGCGGAUAGCUGAUAUUCAACGAAAGACCAAGAAUGAUCCUCGUCGACGCCUUGCUUUUAUGUAUGAGGAGUGUAAGUCUCGGACCACCUGUCUUCCUCCAGAAGAUCUCACUAAUGGGGACCAGGAGAUAAAACUUGAAAGCAAGACUACACGGACUGGUUGCGGACGUUACCAACCAAAUUUCCGACGUGUAGGCCUGGAAAUGACCGCAGAAUGGAAGGUCCAAAAUGAGGUCUCUCAAGAGAAAAAGACAAGCUUAACUGCUGAACGUGUCCUAGAAGUUUUUAAAAGAAUAUCUGAUGAAGAUUGCAUAGCCCUUGGUUUAAAUCCGCAGUAUGCCCGUCCAGAUUGGAUGAUCUGUACCGUUCUCCCCGUUCCUCCUCUUGCAGUUCGUCCCGCCAUCGUGAUGUACGGUGCAGCGAGAAAUCAGGAUGAUUUAACUUAUAAAUUGGCCGAUAUAGUUAAAGCUAACAAUCAGUUGCGCCGAGACGAACAAAAUGGAGCUGCAGCUCACAUUUUGUCAGAGGAUGUGAGGAUUUUACAAUAUCAUGUGGCUACCCUGAUUGAUAACGAUAUUCCCGGUCUGCCAAAGGCUAUUCAGAAGUCUGGAAGACCUCUAAAGUCAAUCAAACAACGUCUAAAGGGAAAGGCCGGACGCAUACGAGGUAAUUUGAUGGGGAAACGUGUUGAUUUCUCUGCUCGAACUGUUAUAACUGCUGAUCCUAAUUUGUGUCUUGAUCAAGUUGGUGUUCCCCGAACCAUUGCCCAGAACCUAACAUAUCCAGAACGAGUCACACAAUCUAACAUAGAUUUCCUGCAGAAGUUAGUUCAAAAUGGAACCAUGUAUCCUGGAGCCAAGUUUAUUGUCCGAGAAAAUGGUGACCGAAUCGACCUUCGAUAUCAUCCAAAGGUAGCUGAUUUGACUCUCCAAGUUGGAUACAUAGUUGAGCGCCAUAUGCUAAAUGAUGACUUUGUCGUUUUUAAUCGUCAACCCACCUUGCACAAAAUGUCCAUGAUGUGCCACCGAGUGCGCGUCUUGCCGUGGUCAACAUUUCGUUUGAAUUUAUCUGUCACUUCACCGUACAACGCUGAUUUCGAUGGUGAUGAAAUGAAUCUUCAUUUACCUCAGUCUGUCGAAACGAAAGCUGAAAUCAGCCAACUCGCUCGAGUUCCUCGCCUUGUUGUAACUCCCCAGGCUAAUAAACCCGUCAUGAGCAUCGUACAGGAUUCACUUACUGCUGCCUACAAAAUGACUCAACGUGACGUUUUCAUCAACCGGGCUGAUAUGAUGAAUCUCUUGAUGUAUCUUCCCACCUGGAGCGGUCGCAUGCCUAAACCUGCUAUUUACAAACCGCAGCGACUCUGGACUGGCAAACAGCUCUUUAGUUUAAUUAUACCCCGUCGGGUAAACUGUAUUCGAACACACAGUACCCACCCAGAAGGUGAAGACGACGGGCCUUACCGUUGGAUUUCUCCAGGUGAUACGAAGGUUUUGAUUGACGACGGCGAUCUUGUUGCGGGGAUUCUGUGUAAAAAGACGCUUGGCUCCGCUUCCGGUUCUCUUAUUCACCUGGUGGCUCUGGAGCAUAAUUUUGAAGUGGUUGGUAUGUUUUUCAACAACAUACAGACCGUUAUUAACAACUGGUUGUUGAUUGAGGGCCAUACGAUAGGCAUUGCAGAUACGCUUUAUGAUCAAGCAACUCGAAAACAAAUUGGUGAAACCAUCACGAAGGCCAAAGAUGCUGUUUUCGAUAUUAUAGACCAAGCACACAAUUAUGAUUUUCAGCCUCUGCCUGGUAACACACUGCGGCAAACUUUUGAAAAUCACGUCAAUAAGAUUCUAAAUGAGGCUCGUGAAAAGACCGGUGGUUGCGCACAAAAAUCUCUCUCAAAGUAUAAUAAUUUCAAUAUUAUGGUUGUUGCGGGCUCAAAGGGGUCAAGAAUAAACAUUUCUCAGGUUAUCGCUUGUGUCGGACAGCAGAAUGUCGAAGGCAAACGCGUGCCAUUCGGUUUUAGGCACCGCACUCUUCCCCAUUUUAUUCAAGACGAUUACGGUCCCGAAUCAAGAGGUUUUGUCGAGAACUCCUACCUAGCUGGUCUUACACCAACUGAAUUCUUCUUUCACGCAAUGGGUGGUCGUGAGGGUUUGAUUGAUACGGCUGUCAAGACAGCCGAAACUGGUUACAUCCAGCGUCGUCUAAUGAAGGCCAUGGAAUCCGUAAUGGUUAAGUACGAUGGUACAGUGCGAAAUCAGAUCAAUCAACUUAUCCAGUUGCGGUACGGAGAAGAUGGCUUGGAUGCCGCUCACGUUGAAUUCCAAAGAUUGCCAACCUUUAAACCAUCAGAUGAGGCGUUUGAGCACAACUUUCGCUUUGAUUUGAGCAACGAGCGUGCUCUUCGACGUUGUAUGCCCGAUGAUUUGGUUAGAAGCCUAGCAACGGACCCGGAAACUCAGGCUGAAUUAGACGCUGAAUGGGAUGAGUUGUGCAAUGACCGCAAGGUAUUACGAUCAAUCAUUACCAAGCCAGAGGAUCGCGUCGUCUUGCCUUGUAACAUCGGGCGUCUUAUUUGGAAUGCUCAAAAACUGUUUGAAAUUGAUCCUCUUUCUAAAACGAAUCUUCAUCCACGGCAGGUAGUGGAACAGGUGCGGGAAACGUGUAAGCGUUUGGUGGUGGUGCCAGGUGAAGAUGCACUAAGCAAAGAAGCUAAUUCGAACGCUGUCUUGCUCAUGAGUUGCCUUAUUCGGUCAAUGCUUUGUACAAAGAAGGUAAUUCAGGAACAUCGCUUAACUUAUGACGCUCUGGACUGGGUGCUGGGCGAAAUUCGAAAUCGCUUCCAACAGGCACAGAUUCACCCCGGUGAAAUGGUCGGUGCCCUGGCGGCGCAGUCGCUCGGUGAGCCGGCCACGCAGAUGACACUCAACACUUUCCACUAUGCUGGUGUCUCGGCUAAGAACGUGACCCUUGGCGUGCCUCGACUAAAAGAAAUUAUAAAUGUUAGUAAACGUCCCAAAACUCCCUCCAUGACAAUUUACCUAACCGGACAGGCGGCUAGGGAUGCCGAACACGCGAAAGAUGUAGUUGCUCGCCUGGAGCACACAACACUCCGCAAACUAGUAAACUGUACAUCAAUUUACUACGAUCCAGAUCCAAAGAAUACCGUCGUAAAAGAAGACAGGGAUUGGGUUUCCACCUAUUACGAUUUGCCUGAUUUCAACAUGGAUGCUAUAAGUUCUUGGAUGCUCAGAAUCGAGCUUGCGCGUAAACAAAUGACGGGUAAAAAGCUGACAAUGGAACAAAUUGCCGACAAAAUUACAAAGUCCUUUGGCAACGAUCUUAUCUGCCACAUUCCUGAUGAUAAUUUGAAGUUGGCAAUGCGGAUACGAAUUAUGAACAGUGAUUUGGAACAAAACAUGAAGGAAGCUGAUACAACUACGGAUAAAAUGGAAGACGAUACUUUCCUGCGUUUCAUUGAGGCUAAUCUGCUUACAGAUAUCACAUUGCAAGGCAUUCCUCAAAUAUCAAAGGUUUAUAUGCAUCAGCCUAAGACUACAGAUAAACAGCGUGUCAUUAUUCGUAAAGAUGGCAGUUUUAAUUGUGUCACUGAAUGGAUUCUUGAGACAGAUGGCACAUGUCUAAUGAAGGUGCUUGCUCAGCGGGAUGUCGACUCAGCACGCACAGUGAGUAACGACAUCGUGGAAAUUUUUGAGGCUCUGGGCAUUGAGGCUGUUCGUAAGGCAAUUGAGACAGAGAUGCACGAUGUGAUAUCCUUUGACGGUUCUUACGUUAAUUACCGGCACUUGGCACUACUUUGUGAUGUCAUGACUGUGAAGGGCCAUUUGAUGGCUAUUACUCGUCAUGGAAUAAACCGUCUUGAUACCGGCGCUCUGGCCCGUUGCAGCUUUGAGGAAACGGUGGAUAUACUGAUGGAGGCGGCGAGUCAUGCUGAAUGCGAUCCCUUGCAGGGUGUGUCGGAGAAUGUAAUGCUAGGUCAGCUUGCGAAAAUCGGUACGGGAUCAUUCGACCUCCUCCUCAACUCGGCUAAAUGUCAAGAGGCCCAGCCCAUUCCGAUCGUCGGAUCUGUCGGACUGUUUAACGGUGGCAUUUUCGACGUUUCCGCCGGAGCUUGGGCCAGUCCUCGUUUUGGUUUGGUGACACCUGGAGAUAGUCUUUCCGGCUUGACCGGUGGUCCUGGGGGCAGCACCCCGUGGGAUACUGCUGCUUCUCCCGCAGGAUCUCUUAUUGAGGCAUCGCCUUACGUCAGUCGCCUGGGUGGCAUGACUACACCUCACGAGGCGAUGUUUUCUCCACAGGCUUACAGACACGACCUCCCAUAUUCGCCAGGUCGGAGUCCACAGCUCGAUAGUCCAAGAACACCUGAUGUGCUUUUUUCGCCGGCAGCUAUGUCAGGAUUUGCCAGCCCACUGUCGUACGCUGGAACUCCUCAAACUGAAAUUGGUUCACCAGGAUCUAGUCCAGGUCAUUCUGGGAGCGGGAGUAGCAGUUCCUUUGGAUAUGCUAGUCGUUUGAGCUUGGGUGCUGAUGCUAGCUAUUCUCCAUUAUCAAAGCCAACCUACGGUGGCACUGGUAGUUCAUCGAGUCUUAGUCUUGGAGCCGACAGCAGUUCACCAAGCUACUCCGGACAGCAGUUCUACUCACCCGCCUCGGUGGGUUAUCAACCGCGCUCUCCACAACGCAAUGUAUCGAGUUUCGGUUUUGGGCCAUCCGUAUCUCCCUCGGGGUCAUCUCCAAACAGUCUUGAUUCCUAUAGUCCCGGAAGUCCUGCAAUGCCUGGUGUGGGUAUGAGUUCAUCUGGACGGGCGGCUUCUAGCUGGAUUACGGGUGGCUCCGACACGCCGAGUGGAUUCUCUCCGAGCAUCGAUUCGGGAUCCUCUCUGGGAAACAGUUUGUCUAACUUCAACUCUACCCACCCUAGUCCUCCACAAAUGUACUAUGGUUCGCCUUCAGCUCCACGAUACAGUCCACAGCCAUCAUUUGGUGGUUCCUCAAUGCUCUCCUACUCUCCACACUUGGGAGUCCCGAGCUCUCCUAUCAGCGGUGCCUCUGGAGGGCUAAGCGGACCUAGUCACUCCCCACUUUCUUAUCCUGCGACACCCAACUAUCCGUUGUCCUCACACGGGGGUGCGGCAGGGACUGGAGGCAGCUCAAGUAUCAGUGGUCUCGGCCUAACCGGCACAAGUUACGGUACAUCCUAUUGUCCUUCGGCAACUUUUAGCCCCUCCAGUUCUUUCCAAAGUUCGUCCUCGCACUAUAUGAUGACCUCUCGUCGACCAACCUCUCCUUCCCCCAGCAGUCCUAAUAGCUACUCACCAGCCCCGUCAUCUGAACAUCGAUAA